AUGCAUAUUCUGACCCAACUCUCACGGCUCCUCGCUGCCCUCCAGCCCCUCUCUUCGACACCCACCAGCUGCUCUGCAAGCCAGGAUGCGGUUUCCAGGGCCGUCGCUAUUAUUGAUAUCACCCAAACUAUGUCGCUCUUUGCAGUCCUGCUCGACGACCACGCUUACGCAGACCUUGGCCGCGUCUUCACCUUGAAUGCCACGGCCGAUUUCAACACGACCGGGAUCCCCGUCUGCGAGGGGCUGCCUGCUAUCAUCGAGCGUCUCGAGGAUCUGCGCAAUGCCCCCAGCAUGAUGGCCAUUUCGACACAAUUUGUCGAAGUGCAGUUGCCUGUAACAGCGCGGGCGGUUAGUUACGUUACCGGUAAUAUGUUUACGCCGGGCUGGACGGAGCCGAGUUUCACUGAAUAUGGAAAGUAUGGAAGCCAUCAUCCUCCGGAAGAAAAGGGCUUUGAGGCCAUUAAUGCAAUUCAUUUCCAGGCUGUUUUUGAUCGGUGGGAAUCUCGACCAGGACAUGCUAGGAAUGUCAAAAGUGAGCUGUAG